GAACAAGAAGCACUACAAGAAGCAGAGGAGGAAGAGCGUAAAAAGAUCGCAUCUCAGGAAGCCCAACGAAGAAGGGCAGCUGAUCGUAUUCGUCGCGAGCAACUACGCAGAGAGGAAGAAGAACGGGAGCAGCGAGCUGCUGAAGCACGCCGUUUAGCGGCACAGGAAAGAAGGUUGGAAGAAGCCAGACGCUCUGAAGAACGCAGGAGGUACGAAAAGACGCGGCAAGAGGAACGAGAACGUCAAGAAGAGGAACGAAAACAACUUGCAGCCUCAGAGCGUGAGACUAGGAUUAAGGAAAUCCAGCGACGGUUUGAGAAGCUCAAAUUGACAUCAAACGUUCUCCUAACCGGCUAUGUCUCCGUUCAAGCAGCAAAUACGAUCGUCUGGAGACGACGAUAUUUCCAACUCCAAACCGAUAGCAUGUUGUUCUUUAAGAACGCAGAGGAAACGCAUAAAGUGAUAGAAUCGUUUGAACUUCGCGGUAGUGUUAGUGGGAUCAAAGAGUGGAAGGAUGGUUAUGACGAUAUACGAGCGAUACCCCAUUCCUUUGCUGUAGAAUUCAUGGACCAACCUGCCUGGCUGUUUUUCGCUGACUCAGAAGAGGACAAAGAUGUUCUUGUCAGCUUAAUUUUACAGCUCGCAAGGCUUUAA